AUAAUACUCUCUCUGAUAUAAAUAUUAAAAUAACUAUCUAUGAUCAAAAAAAUAGUGAAGCUGUACAGAUUCGUUUUACUAGUAAAUGUUUAUGUUUUAUAUUUAAAUUAGCAGAUAAUUAUGCCAAAAGUCUAGAAUAUAAAAUAAAAGUGCUGUCUAUUCCUGAAGACAAAUAUCUUAAAGAUGUUAUUACUUCACUCUACAAAUAUAUUCGUGUUCAAAAUUAUGAAAUUAUUAAUAGAAU